GUGGCAACCCUUCAAGGAUUGGGUGGAGUUGAUUUGAAAACAAAUGGGACCCAAUCUAUGUUUAUCCACACUCUCUUUAUUGUUCUUAAUCAAAUUGCCAGUGGAAUCUUUGUAAACGAAGCGGAGAUGGAAGGCGAUCUAGAAACCCCGAAACCAGAAGUUGUCAAGGUUGAGUCAAUUGAAUCAUGGGAUUCCCUUUUGCAACAAUCAAAGUCUGAUGGAACCCCUAUUGUGGCACAUUUUGCAGCUUCAUGGUGCAUCCCAUCAGUGGCGAUGAACUACUUUUUUGAAGAGUUGGCCUUGGAGUUCUAUGACAUAACUUUUCUUAUAGUUGAUGUUGAUGAUUUAAAGGAUAUAGCAAGCAAAUAUGAGGUGAAGGCAAUGCCAACAUUCUUGUUGAUAAAAGAAGGUGAAGUCGUUGGGAAAUUAGUGGGAGCAAAUCCUGAUGAGAUCAAGAAAAGGAUUGAGACUCUUCUUCAAUCCAACACUCCCUAUGUGGUCUAGUGCUACUCUAACAAGUACCAUGAGCUUUGUUUCUUGUACAUUCCAAGUCACAUUGUAUGCUAUUCAACUUGGUUUGUGGGGCCUUUUGUUGUACCUUGUGAUUCUUGUUUGGAAGUGACUUUAUAUGAGAUUGAUUUGUGUUCACUCAAUUUGGACUUUUUGUGAGUGGUACAUAAAGCAUCUUGUCAAAGCAAUGUUCUGUAAGUUGUAAGAUUUGAAUUCAUGUCGUUUUUGUGAAUAUUUUGUAAAUAUUCACAUUUUAAGAA